AUGGAAGCACUGGGAGGCUUUACGCGGCGGAGGCGGCAAGUGUACGUGACGAGGGGAGAAGACGUAACAAAUCCAUUUAUACAUAGCGAAGAGGGUAGGCAGGAACCACCUCACUACUACUACUACCGCAUCAGCAAGCAAACGGCUUUGUCGAAAGGAAACGGUAGAGAUCCAGGAGGCGUUUUGCAACGACGGGACAAGACGAGCGAGCGAGCAGCUGGCUGGAACCUCACUUUAGCGAGAAGGAAGGCGCACGUACAGUGGGUGUGGUGGUGGCAUAGUGGGAACGUGAGGAUCUAA